AUGGAACCUUACCAUGAAGAACAACAACUACUACUCAUGCAGACACAGGUGAGACUACAGACCCCUACAAAGUGGCACUUUGUAAUCUUGGAUAAUGAUGGUGACGAUGAAGAGGCACAGUCUGCGGGUGCAGAGGGACAGUCUGACAUGGAGGUUGCAACUACUACAUCCCCUGCCCAUAUUUUGUGCACAGUCAAUAUGCCUAUGCAUACCCAGGACAUGGAGACAUGUGAUACAGGACAAGUUGAUGGCAACACAGUUGAUCAGGAUAGUGUGGUUACUCCUGUUGCUUCUCCUGGUAGCGGUCAUUGGGGUGUGGUGUCACACAGAAGGAUUGUUAGGUGCUUGGAGAAGUUUCGGUUUACCAAUAACAAUCUGUGUUCUUCAUCUUCCAGUAUCGCUGGUUCGUAUUGGUUAACGCGUUUUCCAAUAGUGGCUGGGACAAGUGAGACAGGAUGGCGGGAAUCUGUGGAUAUUCAUAAACUAAAGCUUGCUGAUCUUAAGCAGGAGUGUGCAGCUCGGGGCCUGGAAGUAAAAGGUAACAAACAGGAUCUCAUCAACCGUUUAGAGGCAUAUUUUGCAGAACAUGCUGAAGAAGACCUCAAUGAAGAGGAGGCUCUGGCUGAAGAAACAGAGCAAGUUUUCUUAGAAGAAAAAUUCCCCUGUCUGCAGCAUAAGGAAGAACAGAAAGUUGAAACUUUAUCUCCAAAGGAAGAAACUCCUGUAAAUAAAGAGAACGAACAGACACCACCCCAGAAAGUUGUGAAAAUCUCACCUGGAAUGUCACAGCAUGAGAGGUUACAGAAAAGAGCAGAGAGGUUUAAUGUGCCAAUAAGUGUUGAGAGUAAAAAGGCAGCACGAGCAGCUCGGUUUGGUUUUUCUUCAGGUAAAGGUACUUCUACAGACACAAAGUCUAUGGUACCUCUGACAAAGUUACAGGAAAGAGCACUAAGAUUUGGGUCAAAUGCAUCAACCAUCUCAGAAAAGGUUGAUGAGGAUGAAAAACUAAAGAAGAGAAAAGAGCGGUUUGGUAUCUUAACAAAUGCUGCAGGUGUACUUGAGGAUUCUGAGGUAAUGUAUUCAAUUUCUGUUUCCAUGCCUCAGUACUUUGUGUGCGCGUGCGCACACUAG